AGCGCGCAUGCGCACCCUGGCUCUGACCUACUUAAGGCACGCUGAAGCCGGGGAGCUCUGGCUGGCUGCCUCUUUCUCGGGCGGCUUUGCGGCUUUUGCCGAGACAGGAGCAGCAGGAGCAUUAUCCCGACGCCGCUGGAGCUUUUGGAGUCAACGCCUCCCAACGCCCAGGUGUCCGACCCCUUGAAGGACUGCAGAGCCGGACAAGCCGAGCCCUCCCUCCUUCAUGGACUUUCCAUGGUUCUUUUAUCUUGGCUUUUGAAACUCCAUGGAUCAAGGUUGAUGUAUCCAGUGGCUCUGUGGGGAGGAGACAUUACGAAGCUCUUGAUCCAUUCAGAAGUACAUUGAAAGCAGAUGAACAUGUUCAACAGCCACCUCCUUUUGUAUUACUGGACUACCAUUCACCUUUUUGUCUUACUAGCAGUUUUAACAACUGCUGAAGAAGUCAAUAAUAGCACCUUAAACCGCACUGAUAUGCUUAUAGGAUCUGUGCCUGUAGUCACCUCCAGAAUUGAUCACGUUAUAGUCAAAGAAGGCUUCAGUGCCUUGAUCAACUGCAACAUUCAAGGUCAGCCAGGACCAGAGUACAAGUGGUACAACUCCAAUGGCCGUUUAGUAAAGGACGAUGGAGACAGAGGGAAAUGGAUUCUUGAUGAUGGGCAAUUAAAUAUUACAAGUGUGUCAUUUGAGGAUCGAGGAAAAUAUACAUGUAUUGCUUCUAAUAUAUAUGGCCAAGUGAACAACACAGUGACUCUAAGGGUUGUCUUCACCUCUGGAGAUAUGGGAAUCUACUAUAUGAUUGUAUGCCUUGUAGCAUUUACCAUUGUGAUGAUCUUAAACAUUACCAGGCUCUGCAUGAUGAGCAGCCAUCUGAAAAAGACUGAGAAAGCGAUCAAUGAAUUCUUUCGGACGGAAGGGGCAGAAAAACUGCAAAAAGCUUUUGAGAUUGCUAAACGCAUCCCAAUCAUCACAUCAGCAAAAACCCUUGAGCUUGCCAAAGUCACCCAGUUCAAGACCAUGGAGUUUGCUCGCUACAUUGAAGAACUUGCCAGGAGUGUUCCACUGCCACCUCUCAUCAUGAACUGCAGGACUAUCAUGGAAGAAAUCAUGGAGGUGGUGGGGUUAGAAGAGCAGGGCCAUAAUUUCGUCAGGCAGUCGGCAGAAGGACAGGAGACGGAGACCACUGAUACUGAAGAUAUGUACAUGAUCCGCAAUCCUCUAAAACACAGGGGCUCCCUUACGGCUGACUCAGAUGCCUCCUCGCUGCACGAACCUCCCCUCAAGAUUGCGAUAAAGGUGUCUGUUCACCACUUGAUGAAAAGGGACUGUGUCGAUGACCAGUCACAAGACAGUGUACAGUUAGAUAUUAAAGAAGAGGAGGAGGAAGAGGAGGAAGUUGACCAAGAGCCAGCCGCACAGUCCUCUAAGCCAGUCUUGGAGCCUUCUGACCCAAUCACGGAGCCUUCUAGUGAACUCAGCCCUACUGUGGCCACUCUGGAAAAUGACAUGGACAUGUCUACUCUUUAUGAAAGCCAUUUAUGAGAAGUUCUCUGCAAAUCUAUGCAUACCAAGAAAAUAUUCAAAAUCUUUGGGGGUUAUUUUUGGGGUUUUUUUUGCCAAUAAGCCUUACCUGAAGAUCAUCACAGCAAAAGCAUGUGUUUGGAUUACUUGGCACUUCCUCAUGUAUAUAACUUUUAAAUUUAGUCAGCAGGUUUGACAGAAUAAUUGAUAUUGCUCUAAUAUUUAAUUGCUCUUUCUUGGUUCAGAAGAUCUUUUGGUUUUUUAGCUAUACUGUUUACCUCAAAUAAUUAUUUACGUCGGCCCUCCUUGCAGAGGGUAACUAGAAGUCAUGUGUCAUGCUUAGGAUGGGACUUAUAAGCUCUGGUUCCAAAAAUGCUUGAUUUCAGAAUUGAUCGGUUCUGUGGUUAAAGGAUUGCCCUGUUGUGUAAACUGGGAAAAGAUGCUGUUUCCCCAUUUUGUAUUGACGGAGGCUUUCAUGGUCGGAAUCACUGGGUUGUUGUAGGUUUUUUGGGCUGUAUUGCCAUGUUCUAGAAGCAUUAUCUCCUGAUGUUUUGCUUGCAUCUAUGGCAGGCAUCCUCAGAGGUCAUGAGGUCCUCACAACCUCUGAGAAUGCUUGCCAUAGAUGCAGGCAAAACGUCAGGAGGGAAUGCUUCUGGAACAUGGCCAUACAGCCCAGAAAACCCGCAACAAUCCAGUUUUUAUUAUGUAAGAAGUACAUCUCUUUCCUAUGCUUAAAAGUUUGCAAUCAAACCAGGCACACAUGUAACCAGGGAAAGAAAUGCACAUGCGGGUAGAUCUUUUUCUAGUUUCCAGCAGACCUCACAACCUCUGAGGAUGCCUGUCAUAGAUGCAGGCAAAAUAUCAGGAGAGAAUGCCUCUAGAACAUGGCCAUACAGCCCAAAAAACCUACAACAACCCAGUUCCCCCUUUUUUUAAAUUAUCUAUUCCUUUGUGGGGAGUUUUUAUGUAACUCUCCUGUCAUGAUUGUGAAAUAUCGUUCCAGAGGGAACACUUCCAUAGUCAAAGUAAGGCCUUUGCGAGAUACCUGUGUUGAGCAGUCAUUGAGGGAUAAAAUGAGGCCAAAUAUUUGUAUUCAGAGCACUGAGGUGGGGAGAGUGUCUGUUUUGUUUUCCCCCUUGUUUUGUUCACACAGCCUACUUCUGUGAAAAGGCAAUUUGUCUCCAGUCUGAAAGCAGCAUCUCAAUGGUUGCUGCAGUCUGGAGGUCAUCUACCUGAUCCUCUGCCAGCUCUGAUGAGACAUGUAAUGGAAAAUAGGCAUUUCUGGUGUAGAGGAUAGAAUAUCCACAGGUGGAACUUAUUGCUUUACCACCAACUUGAGCCUGAAAACAUUGCUUUUCAUUCUAAUUAUCAAAACUUUUGUGGGGUUUUCCUGACAAGAUUUGUUCAAAGGGGAUGGCUUGACAUUGCCUUUCUUUGAGGCUGAGAAGGUGAUUUGCCCAGUAGGUUUCAAUGUCCAAGUGAGUAUUUGAACCUCGGUCUCCCAUAAUCCUAGUUCAGUGCUUUGCUUCUGGUUUUGCUUCACACCAGAAGCAACUUCAAGUUUCUCAAGUCACUCCUGACCUGAAAAAAAGUUCAGUGCUCAAACCACUACACCACACUUUAGAAAAGAAUGGGUUCCUUGUCUGCUCUUGCAUCUGCCACCUCACCCAUUUAAUGAGAUAGGAAUUCAACUCUGCUGUUUGUUAUUAUAUGGCCACAAAUUAACCAUUUAUAAUUGGGAAGAGGGAAUGGAUUAUUCUCCUAUAUGUGUUUUAUGGAAUAGAAGCCAUCAAACCACUGUGAAGGCAACAAAUGUGGCUUUGUAUUGGCAUUUAUAGGCAGCAUGAGGAGGUGGGGUUUUGGACCAGGUGGGAGUGAAAUAACUGCUCUGCAUAAACAGAAAUGAAAAGAUCCCAGAAAAUGAUGUUUGCAUUACUCUUAAAUGUCCCUUGAAGAAAUCUUGGGAAACUUUUUAAACUUCAGCUACUGGAAGCCUCCUUUCAGCUUGACUACUAACAGUUCUAACUGCUGGAUUCUUGGGUAAUAGUCCAAAACAUGUGGGAGGAGGAAGGACGCAGUUCCCCAAGCCCUAGUCA